AUGUACGGGCUUCUUCUGCAGUCUGCGGCGGAUCAUCUGAAGACCAAAUAUGGUGAGGACACGUGGGAGAAGAUUCGAAAAGAGGUCAACAUCUCGCUGAAUGGAUUUGCCACGCACACCAUCUACAGCGAGACUCUGAUGGUGGACAUGGCCAAUGCGGCAUCUAAGAUUACUGGCGAUACAGUGGAUACAAUCAUGGAUAGCUUUGGCGUGGAGUUUGUCAAUUUCGUGGGUCAAUUUGGCUAUGACCGUAUUCUGAAAGUCCUGGGUCGCCACAUGAGGGAUUUUCUCAACGGUUUGGACAAUCUCCAUGAAUAUUUGAGAUUCAGUUAUCCUAAACUGAAACCGCCAUCUUUCUUUGUUGAAGACGAAACCAAAAACGGACUCACCUUGACGUACAGGUCACGAAGACGGGGCUUUUUGCAUUACGUCAAAGGACAAAUUCGACAAGUCGGUCGAGUGUUCUACCACACUAGAGUGGACAUUUUUGUGGUAGCUAACGACUACAAUAACCAAACCCAUACCACUCACGUCAAGUUCCGGUUGCUCUUUGACAACAAAGCCUUUCGGGAAGUUUCCAACCACGUGGUGGACAAUAUCGUCGACAGUAUCCCUCUUAGACCGGAACUGUUGUUCGAGUUGUUUCCCUUUCAUAUUGUGUUUAGUCGGAAGAUGGAGAUACGAAGCGUGGGACCCGGGUUGCGGGCCGUGCUCCCGGCCGCUGUGGGCCGGAGCCUCAUUGAGCUGUUUAAUCUGGAGCGUCCACUGACCAACUUUACCUGGGAGGACAUCCUUCACCACACAAACAACGUCUUCCAACUGGUUGCCCGAGCUCCAAUAUGUCGGGCCGCUUCAGAUGUCAUUGAGGGAGCCGAAGAAGCCAGCGAUUGGAGGAGCCAGGAGACAGGUAAUGACGUUAGCAGUGUUAAGUAUA